AUGGAAUACCAUCCCUUGCUACGACCCUACCAUUCCGAUACGUCACUAGCCACAAAUCCACUACAACUUGAUUCAUCGUCCAACAACCAUGCCCACCUUUUCCCAGCUCAAUCUGAACCGAUUUUGUCGUCACGAGUGGAAGAAGAUAUUGUCACUUAUCAGCACUUGAUUUCCGCUUCUGAAGCUCUCGAGGCUAUCGUCGCUGAAGGAGCUUUGGUUGGUGUGAGCUCGUCAUGUUUGCGAGCAUUGCGAGCUGCAGCUGGACAGCUCAGAGAUGGUGACUCGAAGGGUGCUGAUGAUGAAAAGGUGCUCAAAAUUGUAUAUGGAACCAUGAAAUAUCUACACUAUAUCGACAUCAUACUGGUCAAGACGCAGUUCCUCGUCUACUAUCCAGACUUUUUGUCUCACUUGGGACUAGUCAAGAUUGUCAUGUACCUCCAUUUGCAAACACAUUUCGACCCGCUACGAUGGACACGAUUCGUUACUUCACCUACCAUUACUGCCGACCAGAGCGAUCUCAUUGGCAACUUGGAAGAAGCUGUCAAGAUUCAUAGGAUAAAGCUGGGUGCUGCUCUAGCUAGACUUCGUAUCGAAAAGAGGGCAGUGGGAGAGACCGUUCGUGAUCAAGUCGAAGCCUUACUGCCAUUUGAAUUACGAAUGCGAGAGAGUGUUUCAGUUGGAAUGCCAAAAUAUGUUCGUGUCAAUCUGUUAAAGACGACACCUACCAAAGUAGCAGACUUGUUACGAAAAGCCGGAUUCCAUGUAGAUUUAUCGCAGAAGGAUGUGUCAGCUGAAAGUCCCGAUACAAUUGUCGGAGACUCCCAAUUUGAUGACUUGCUGAUAGUACCUGCCACUGUAUUCAACGAUCUCAAAGCGCACGAAAUCAUGACUGAUGGACUACUAAUCUUCCAGGACAAGGCAAGUGCAUUCGCACCACGACAACUAGCAUCUCUACUACACAAGUCAGGAGCUCAUAUCAUUGAUGCACGUGCUGGAUGUGGAACUCGAGUGACACACUUGGCAGCCUUGACAAAGGACAAGCAUCGUAUAUUUGCUUUUGAAUCACGAGCUGUGCGAAAUGCUACGCUGAGGGUUAGGCUAGAAGCUCAAGGAGUUAAAAGUGUAGAAGUAGUCGAAGACGAUUUCAUGUCUGUUAAUGUUAAGGAUCCCAAAUACGAGAAGGUCAGCACCAUAAUCUGCGAGCCAGCAUGUUCUGGAUCCGCAAUUGUAGAUAAAUUAGGAUACAUGUUGCAGGAAGAAGAAUUUCCUGCUGACAGAUACUCAAAGAAAGACAUGGUCGGAUUCAAACGACAGCAGUAUCUCAUGUUGAGGAAAGCUUCCCAAUUUCCAAACGUCCGGAACAUUGUGUAUGUGACAAGGACAACCAGACGAGAAGAGAACGAUGGUGUUGUGGAAGAGUUUUUGGAUAUGGCUGGUGGUCGAUGGAAGGUUUCACCAGUUCUUUCUGCGCUGAAUGCAUCGUCAGAAGAAUCACCAUUCCUGGAAAAAAUCCCCUCAGCAUCCGGCAACGGCAUAUUUGUCGCGUCAUUCACCAAAUGCGUCAUUCCAAUCGACCACACAAACGAAAUGGACGGAAUCGAUGUCUCGUUCGGAAUUUCACCUGCCGCAGACAUGACUGCAUCCCUCCAACAUUUGAAUGUUUCUGGCACCAACAAGAAGCGACGUGUCAAGAAAUCCCGCAAUUCAGUCGACUCGCUCAAUUCAUCCAAGCGACCAUCCGUUUUGACGAAAUCGCAGUUGAAAGCUUCGGUGGAACGAUUAUCGUCGACGACGAAGCAAGUGAAAUCAUCUUCGAAUUCCAAUCGUGCGUCCCAAAUCGCUAAGAAGGCUUCGCAGCAAUCAGAGGACGAUGAUGACAAGGAUGGUGAUGCCGAAGACAAGGAUGAAGAGGCUAAAGGUGACGAAGAGGACGACCAACAUCAGUUCGACUAUGGAUUGGACUUUGUUAUUCUGGGUGUCAGUUUGAAAGAGUUUUAUGCACCUAAAGCGGAAGCUUUGACUGUCCUUGCUCGAAAACAGCCGUUUAGGUGGUCAUACCCAGUGCCAAACCCAAUGCCAUGGAAGUAA